UGCAGUAGUGAUGGCGGCCAGGAAGGUUUUACAAGUGCUGUUGUGGUGCUAUUUCGUAUGCCAACUGGGUGGCUUUGUCAGCAUUAUAGGUCCAACGUUGCCCGACCUCCAGGAUCACUUCCAAGCCAGUCUCACAGAGAUAUCUUAUCUGUUUCUCUCACUUGGCUUUGCUAUGUCCGCGGGAUGUCUUCUAUCCAUGGCUGUGCUGAAGUUCCUGGAUCCAAACCUGGCACUCGCUGUGUUUUUAUUGGUUGCGGCUGCAGUUACACCUCUUGUGGCCCUGACCCCACUCCUGUACGUUGGCUGCGUUGCUGUCGUUGUGGUAGGAGUCGUCUUAGCGUGUGCAUUUAACUGUGUAUGCCACCAGUGCAAUGUCCUAUUCCCCGGCAACCCUUCCAUUAUACAUGGUGUGUUCAUAGCUUCUUCUGUGGGAGGAAUAACAUCACCUCUCAUCGCUUCACCUUUCCUUAGGCAGAGAAUCAACAACAGCUCUAACGAGUCGGCUCCACCAGUUGAAGACAAUCUAACGACAGAACCGUCUCAGAAUGUUUUAAGUAUAAUACCACUGCUUCCUCUUUCACAGAACAGCACAGCUGGAUGGAACUUCAUGUCAACAAGGCUGACCUCCUCACUGUUGUUGAAGAAUGACACAAACUUUACCACCUCCUCUACUGACAUACUUAAGAGUGAUGCCACACAAGUACACUUAGUGUAUAUAAUUGUAGGAAUAGCGUUUUUGCCAGCCGCUGUUGGCUUCAUGGUCCUCUAUAUCUUACAAGAGAAAUGCAGGGUUCCGAAUCCUCCUCAAGAAGUAUCUACUGCUUACGUAUCUCUCGAUGAACGUGGAGAAAAGGGUAAAUGUAUUUUUGUGAUAUUUCUUUCAUUAUUGGCUGUUACUUACAUCCCAUUUGCUGGAAUACCCUAUUCUUAUAGUUCAUUUUUGACGACAUAUGGUAUUGAAAGCGCUCUCAGACUCGAUGUGCAGAAAAUGGCAGAAAUAACUUCAUUCCUUUGGUUGAUGUACUUGCUAGGGCGAAUACUUAGCACAGUCGUUAGUCUUUAUCUAACUCAAUCAACGAUAAUGUUCGUUUGUCUCAUUGGCACGCUCCUAUCAGCAAUACUUGUGACAAUCAUUGGUCCCCUAAGUGAGACAUGUUUGUGGGUGGGUUCUUUGCCUCUUGGUUUGUUCACAGCUCCCCUUCUGGCAGCGUCUCUGGGCUGGUGCCGGACGUGCGUUACAUUGACGCCAAUAGUGUUAGGUGUAUGUACCUUAGGUGACAUGGCUGGGGCAGCUUUACUGCCAUAUGUAACUGGUCAGAUAAUUGGACGCUUUGGUCUGGAUUGGUAUAUGUAUUCUAUCAUUAUAUAUGCUGCCUUCCAACUAGUUUCUUUUGGAGUCCUAUCUAUAUUGGGACAGAUGUUGAAAACUGUGUAAUCGCUCAUAUGAAACUAUUAUUAGUUAGUGUGUAUACUUCCUAUAUAGUGUUGCAAUA